UAUUUGUUUUUCAUCAAAAUCGAUCGAAUUAUACCCCUCAAACUCUCAAGAACCCCAAUGGCGAUCCCCAAACUCUCAAGAACCAAACCCAAAUCCUCCAGAUCCCCAAUCUGGCUCCUCACAAUCACCAUCUCUGCAAUCGCACUCCUCUACCUCUUCUCAUCCCUAAUCUCAACCACCGGAUCAAACCCACUUCAAACCCCCAUUUUACAGUUCAAUAACCGCGUUUAUCAAAGUGAUUCAGACAAGUUUCUGUAUUGGGGAAACCGAAUUGACUGUCCCGGGAAACACUGUAAGUCGUGCGAAGGUCUCGGUCAUCAGGAGUCCAGCCUCCGUUGUGCUCUUGAAGAAGCAAUUGUCUUAAAAAGAACAUUUGUGAUGCCUUCUAGGAUGUGUAUAAAUCCAAUACAUAAUAACAAAGGAAUUCUGCAUCAUUCAGACAAUGUUACUUCAGAGGAAAGGUGGGCUGCAAGCUCUUGUGCAAUGGACUCCUUGUACGAUCUGGAUCUUAUAUCCAACAAGGUGCCCGUAAUUUUGGAUAAUUCAAAAAAAUGGUUCCAAGUAAUGUCGACAAGUAUGAAGUUGGGAUCAAGAGGAGUCGCUCAUGUGGAAGGAGUUAGCCGGGCCGAUCUUAAAGAAAAAAGUCAAUAUUCCAAGAUUCUGCUUAUUAAUCGAACCGCAAAUCAUUUGUCAUGGUUCAUGGAAUGUAAGGAUCGGAAUAACCGCAGUGCUGUGUUGUUACCGCACUCGUAUCUUCCUUCAAUGGCUGCCAAAAAGCUUAGAGAUGCAGCAGAGAAGAUUAUGUCACUUCUUGGUGAUUAUGAUGCUAUUCAUGUUCGUCGGGGUGAUAUUUUAAAAACAAGAAAAGACCGGUUUGGUGUUGAUAGGACCCUUCAUCCUCAUCUUGACCGAGACACGCGUCCUCAGUUUGUUCUUUGUAGAAUAGCGGACUGGGUCCCACCUGGACGGACGAUAUUUAUCGCGUCUAAUGAAAGGACACCGAAUUUCUUUUCCCCUCUUUCUGUGAGGUACAAACUAGCUUAUUCGUCAAAUUAUAGCAGGAUGUUGGACCCGGUAGUAGAAAAUAACUACCAGUUGUUCAUGAUAGAAAGGCUUAUUCUGGCUGGAGCAAAAACAUAUAUAAAAACAUACAAGGAGACCGAUACAGAUCUCAGCCUCACCGAUGACCCGAAAAAGAACACAAAAAUAUGGCAAGAGCCCGUUUAUACAAAAGAAGGAUGCUGAAGUCGCUUCAGGUUCGGGUCUUUUUUUGUUCUCCCUUGUAAUCCAUCUGUUGUGGGCUUGUUUUCAAGUGAUGAGCUGACGGAUCGAGUGUUUAAGGUUCUUGUAUAUUUCCGGUUUAGAGUUUGUACACGAAAACUUGUGUAUGGGUUUAUUUACAUAGAAAUUAGAUUUGGUGUGUAGUUUUGGAAUAUUUAUUCAACCCAAACACUCUUUUACUUUAUUGUUAUAAGUGCAUCAGUUAGCUUAUCUA